UCAGCAGAAGCACCACCUGAGCAAACAGCAACAAAGUAACCCGGAAAAUAACCCCGCAGAAAAUGCUCAGCUUAGGCUCGGGAGGUGGAAAAACGGCGAAGCCCUCAUUUGUGUCUUAUGUUUCACCAGAGGAAAUUAAAAAAGAAAAUGUUAACGAUGAGCUGAAGCCACAGUUACUACCAGGAGAAAUUGUAAUCUGCGAGGCAAACACGGUAGUGAAAUUCAGUCGAGAAGAUUCCUUACAAAGAGGCUUUUAUGGAAAGCUCGUCUGUACCAACUUCAAGAUUUCUUUUUUAAGUGCUGAGCAGUUGUUGGAUGAGAUGGAACAAUCGUAUAGGAAUAAACUGAUGGGUGAAAAUGAUAUCUCGUUGCAUUGUGUGGAUCAGAUCUUUGGAGUGUAUGAUGAUAAAAAGAAGCCGCUCCUACCAGGUGCUGUAAAGAACAAAAUUCCUGAGAAGCUUCUGCUGUAUUGUAAAGAUUUCCGAGUCUUUCACUUUGGGUUAAGAUACACGAAGGAAGAGGAUGCUAGAAGGCUGAUCCAGGGGAUAGUUCACCAUUGUUUGAAUCCAACGUCUUUAAAAUGUUUGUUUGCUUUCCCUUAUGUUGGUGCAGCAGGUGGUCUUAAAGUGGGUCCCAUAAGAAUAGAAGAUGAUCCUCCAACUGUGAUGUUUGAAAACAAAAACGAUUGGAGAGGAGAGCUGGACCGCACUGGAGGUCUGCUAACCUACAGAAUAAUUUCCAUUAAUGAAAAUUAUAAAAUCAGCACUAGACUUCCACAGUUCUUUGCUGUUCCUUUAUCUGUUACUGAUGAUGACAUAAAGAAAUACAAAGGAAAAGGAAUUCCUCUUUGGUGUUGGUCUCAUCCCAGUGGUUGUGCAUUGCUGAAGAUGACAGCUCUCCCUGAAGCAGCUGAUGACAGUACUUCACAAAUGGACAAAGGUUGGAUUGAAAGGCAGCUCCAAAUUCUUGGUGAAACCCAUUCUGUGAAUUACAUGGUCAGGACUGAGAUCCUUUCAGCCACUCUUCCAACUCUACAGGAAAUACAGGCUUCUUACAGCAGGUUUAAGCAGUUGUUCCUUACAGAAAAUGCUUCUGAAUUCUGGGAGACUGAUAUUAAAUGGUUGUCUGCUUUGGAGAGUUCAAACUGGCUGGAAGUUAUCAGGCAAUGUCUGAAGAAAGCCUUGAAUAUUGUUGAAUGCCUGGAACAUAAAAACACAACUGUGGUGCUUAUGGAAGAGAAUUGCUGUGAUCUGUGUUGUCUAAUUGCAAGUCUAGUCCAGGUAAUCAUAGACCCACAUUUCAGAACAAUAUCUGGUUUCCAAAGUUUAAUUCAGAAGGAAUGGGUGAUGGGCUGCCAUUGCUUUCUGGACAGAUGUAAUCUUCUGCGAAACAAUGAUAAAGAGGUGCCAAUAUUUCUUCUGUUCUUGGAGUGUAUGUGGCAGCUACUUCAGCAACAUCCACCAGCCUUUGAGUUUACAGAGACCUACCUGACUAUAUUAUCAGACAGCAUGUACAUCCCUAUCUUUAGCACCUUCCUGUUCAAUUCGCCAAGCCAAAGGGAUAAUAACCAAAUGCUUGAUGAAGAUCGGCGAAUGCUUAGCAGAUCGUUGAAACUUCCCUGUGUGUGGGAGUGGUCUGUGCAGUUUGAGAACUCUGUUCAAGCACUCUUUUAUAAUCCAGUGUAUGUUGGAAAGCCAAAAACUGAUAAGAUUAGAAGGACCCAACGCAUUAAGGACCCUGCACUGAACUGCUUGGAGAUUGUCCAUGAAAAUUUUCUCGAUAUAUCAGAGCCACAACGUCAGAUGUCACUGCCAUCAAGUCCAUCCUAUCACAAUCGGUCUUCAUCCAAAAAAGGGUUUUUCAGGGAGGAGACUGAUCACUUGAUAAAGACUUUUCUCGGCAAAAAGAUAAGCAGGUGGACACUGACAAGUGAAGAUCAUUCAGUUAACUACAAACAGUUUUAUGAAAAUUGGCGCAGUAAACCAGUAGAUCACCAUGGACUGCUGCUUCCUCUGUACGAUGGCCCUGCUUUAAAAGUGUGGGGCCAGAGAUACUUGCGUUGGAUUCCAGAGGUUCAAAUACCAGGUGGUGGAUCAACAACCACUGUGAACAAAAUCUGUGAAAUUAUAGAUGAGAUAAACACCUUACAGACACAAGUAUCACAGAGGGUACUGAAAAGGCACACAAGCUCUCCGAGUGGUGAAGUCUUCACACCGUUUCAUCAGGCAAGCCGUCUGUCUUCAAUUUUUCCAUUUGGCACAAUACGUAGGCAAUCUAUAAAGCCCCUCAUCCCAGUCUCUACAAAUCUCUCAAUGAGCUUUGGGUCAAUGGAGAACUUGCCAGAUGAGGAAGAUCUAGGUGUGUUAUAAUCCUCACACCUCACCCCUCCGCCCUGCCCUCACCUUUAACGGUUUGAUUUUAUUCUUUGCUGUGAAUGUAGCCAAAAUGCUGCAAGUGUUUGAUUGCAAAGUAUUUUGCAAAACUUUGUCAUCAGUCUAAUGUGUUUUAUGCAUUUGAUUUGCUUUGUUUUGUAUGCUGUUUUCCAAUUUUGAAUAGCAGAAAUUUUGAACUGCAGUUGGUUUCUUAACCGAAAAGUCAUGGCCUGUGUUUGGAGGGCCAAGAUUCAAACCACUUGACCUUGAUUUUCUAAGCUAUUUCGGUUAUGUUGGCUGCUUAUGAGUAUUUGCCCAUUUGUUCGGGUAGUUGAAACAAAUUUAAUUCCAAAGCUAAAUACAAGGGCUGGUUUUGCCAAAAUGUGUAUUAAAAAUAAUCCAUCUCCUUCAUUAUUGGUGCUGUUUGUAUUUAUAGGAGGUUAAAAUGGGAGGAUUGUUUAAAAUUUCAUUGAUUGUUCUUUAAAUAUAUAUUCCCGUUUCUCAAUCAAGUGUAAUGAAUAUGUUACAUGGAUUUGCAUCUAUAAUUUAAAUAUUGCAAUUUCUUCCCAACUAGAAUUAAAAAUCUGAAAAUUAGGAAAGGGACAAGUAAAAAUGAUAAGUUUAAACUGAAAACCUGGCAGUGUUCAAUGAUGAAUCAAAUGACAUUUAUUGAAAUUGUGUAUACAAUAUGAUUAAUGUAAAAAAAAACCCCUCUGGUCUACUGCAGUAUUACCUUGGAGGUAUCUGUAGCCAUUGAGCUCAAGUGGACCUUGGAGCUUUGGCAAAUUUAUCAUCCUACUUGUCUGAUUUGCUUUUUAUAUUUGAAUUUUGUCAUACUUUGUGAUUAUUGCCUCAUCAUUGAAAUAACUUCCCAUCAAUGCAUCGGAGUUUGACCAACUUGUGAAAUAUGUCUAUGUACAAAAUAUAGAUUCAAAACUUUGUAUAGGUUUCUCUUCCAAGUGGUAAUGUAAAUAGUAUGCUUAAACAGCUCAGACCCUGCUAGCUUGGCAGCCAUAAUGUGAUUUUAGUAGCCGUAGGUUCUUUAGGCAAUUUUAUUACCAAUCUGAAAUAAAGAAACCAAUAUCAGAUGAAGUACUAGUUAGUUCCAUAGAGGUGGAGACAGAAAAUUCAGCUAGGAUUUCAAUUUUGGCUUGAUGGUAAUUCCAGUUAGCCCAAAUGGAGAGGGUUCAUGUUAAUAUUAUCUGAAAACAGAGCCCUAAAGAACUUCACUUAAAGGCUUGCUGAUUUCUUUCAUAGCUCUGUACUUGAGUAUUUUGUUUCCUUCAGGAGAAGGGCAAAAAAAAGAUUUUAAAAAUCCAAGUCGGUAUUUCAUUGGGCAUUUGUGUGUCUUCCCUUUCUCAAUUUAUGUGACUCUGUCUCUCCUGAAAAUUAAUUGUGUAUUUGUCUGGAUUUAAUGCAGUUAUUAGCUAAAAUUGAUUUUCUGUAUGUUCCUGAAUAACCUUCAGAAUUUGACUACUAACUUACUUUCUUGUACCAUUAUAGUUAUGAUAUUUAAGUUGCAAUAAGCCUAUUUCUGGUUUUGUGCUGUAAAAUAAGUUACUGCAACAUGCUAAGUAUUGGUUACUUCUGUCCAAUUUCUAAAUUGGUCUGAUCCAUAAAAGGCACUGAAGCUAUUAAACUUGUUUGAAAACCAACUGGAGUAUUUUCAUAGAUCUAAAUCUAGUUUGUAGUUACCUUAAUUAAACCAGUGAAUAGACAUCUCAAUACCAUCAACUACUUGUGAAGAUUGUAUGUAAAAUGAAUAUCAAUUAGGUUGCUCAGGGGUUGCAAAUUUGUAAGUUUAUCAAAAUGUGCUGUUGAAUGGCUUCUCUGAAUGAUCAGCUGGAAGCAAAACAUACGGUGCAUUUGUAUCAACACUGUACCCUUUCUUUUUGAUUUGGGCAUUUUCUGUUGUCUUGUCCUACAUACACUACUAUCUAACCCAUUAGGAAGCAUGUAUGAGUUUAAUUUUCAAAACUGCACUUUUUUUGUUUGUUUUAAAUUUUCUAAACUGAUUAUUACCUGAAGAGCAAACUUUCUUGAUGCUUUUAACAAUUUCUCUGCUCUGCACUUCAGUCUCUACUAUACCAUCCACAACAAUACUUGUUUUUGUCUUUUCUAAAUUGUAGAAAAUACACAGGAAAACAUGAAGUAGGUUUUUUUAUACUGUAAUUAUUGCUCAGAAUCAGCCUGUAUAAAAUCACAAUGUGCAUUAACUUGUGAAACCAUUGAAGUAAGUAGAACUGUUGACCCCAAAUUUUCUUUUGGGAAACUGGAAGAUUUAUUUAUAGUGUGUAUCAUUUGUUUUCCUUAAUUUAUUUUUUAUAUUUUCCCUCUCGCUCGCCCUCAAUCUCUUAUUUGCCAAAUGAAGACCUGUUUAAUUGUUACCCUUUUCACUAAGAUGUGGUUUGAGAACAACUUGGUAUGAUACAUUCAAACUUGCAUGAACAAGAUCUACCUUUUGGGAGUGGGGGAGCUUUCCUUUUAUGUGGAUAAACGGAAACAAAUUACUGUCAUUGUAAAAUCUUCCAUCUGUUCAUUUGAAUUUGCUGAACAUGCAUUAUCUGAGCUUUGAACAAAUGCAAAUAAAGUAUAAUCAGAGAAUCACAAAGCUAAUCACCAUUUUUACAUAAAUUGUGUGGGUAAAUUGUUAGUAUUUUGUAGGUAGAAUUUGACAAUGUUGCAUGGAUUGUACUGAUUGCACAAUAUACCAAAAGAAAACUAUUUGCUUGAGGGGUUAGGGUCUACUUAUACAAUGGAAAUGAAUGGAAAAUGGGCACCCAGGAGUCGUCAGCUGUGUUAAUUAAACAGUGAUCUUACAAUAGCUUGGAAAAAAAAAGAGAAAUGUGUUUGACCAUGUUUUGUUUUCUCCAUAAUGAACAUUGAAUUUGAAUUUGUGUCAAGUAUGGCAUGGAUAUAGACCAGAGAACUGAGGAUGUUUUGUUUGGAAAUGGAUGGCUUUUGAGAGUACCCCUCCAUUAAUUUUUGUGCAACAUAUAAUAAUCUUUUGCCUUUUUAAAACAUUCUCUCAAUUCAGUUAUCCUACAUCAUAUUUAAACAAAAAACCUACAAAUGUUAUGUAGUACAAAAGCUGAUUUUUUUUUAUAUAAGUAAAACAAUCUGUAUCUCAUUGUAUGAAGUAUAUAAUGGUUCUUGAUGUGCAACUUUAGUGUUUCUAUACUUUGAUCAACCUGACAUUUUCAAUGUUGAUUCUUUGAGGUUUUGACUACUGAAUUUAUCAUGAACAGCCUUAACUAUA